AUGUCGUUCAAACUGAGCACGGAGGAGAUCCUCAAGAUAAACCAAAAAAUCCACACAUUCGUCCUCCUACCUGCCAAUGCUCUCGACACCAACGAUGCCGACCUAUUCGUGGUCCAACCGCCUCCUCACGUGCGCGAUCCAGCGCACCAGUCACCAGUGCACUCAAUAACACACCUCUGCGAAACCUGCCGGGGCGCACUGCAGUACAUGUCCUACUACCUCAAGACGGAGGCAUCCGGCGGGAAAGAAGCCGUCGAGGACCUUCACCCGGCCUGCCUGCUCCACGACGGCGCCGACACGCUGCAGAAGGGCGAGGAGGACCAGUGCCACCUGUGCGUGCUCAUCAUGUCGGACCUGCGGACUAAGCGGCUGAAUAUGGGGCCUGUCGCUCAGUCCCGCAUGGAGAUGUGCUGGCAGUCGGACCAGAAGCCGCUAGCGCGCAUCAACUUCGCGCUGACGCAUGGCGGUGUCAACGAGCGUGCUACGAACAACUACUGGAACUUCCUGAAGCUGCAGCUGUGGCCUGGCACCGAGCAUGGUACUGAACUCUUUGUUGGUUGUAGAAGCGGAGGCGAAGAGGGUCGUAAUGUUCAGCGGUCGAGCAGCACCGACUCGCAGCACACUCGGGACGUGGCUGUUGAGUGGCUUUCGGUUUGUCAGGCCAAUGAGAAUGGGAAACACGACCAGUGCAAUCAGGAUCAGGGAGAUUGGCUUCCGACUCGUCUCUUGGAUGUCGCCUGGGCAGUCGAGACUGGAAAGCUCAGGCUCGUCCUGCCUCAUGACCGCCCGGAGGAGUUUGUCUCGAGCAAGCAGUACAUGACACUCAGUCAUUGCUGGGGUGCCUGGGGCUCCGUAUCGUUACCUGUCUUGACCCUUGAGAACCUAGGCGAAAGGCAGACUAUCGGGCUGGACACAUCCUUGCUCCCAAAAACGUUCAAGGAGGCUGUGGAGGUUGCUCAGUGGUACAAUUGUCGAUGGCUAUGGAUCGACUCCCUGUGCAUCAUCCAAAACAGCACAGAAGAUUGGCAGCGCGAGGCAGUCAUGAUGUACAAUGUCUACAAGAGCGCCCUCCUCAACAUCUCAGCCGAUGACUCCAACGACGCCCGCUGGGGCUGCUUCCGAAACCGGGACGGCCUCUCAGUCAUGCCGAUGCGCCUCGGAUUUCCGAAACCUGAAGAGUGGAACAGCUGGCUCACGCCCGACUCGACAGGACUGUUCGAAGCCAUUACCAACGCCCCGCUAGCGAAGCGGGCGUGGGUGUUCCAAGAGAGACAGCUCUCGCGGCGGGUGCUGCAUUUCACGAGCAGGGAGGUCGUGUGGGAGUGCUGCGCCGAAGGGUCUUAUUUCGCCUGCGAGACGUUCCCACACGGCGCGCCGUAUCGGAAGAUCUUUGGCGAGCGGCCCAAGUACCAGAGUCAAGGCCAAAAGGGCAGCGUACCUGAGAUCCAUGAUACGUGGGACAUGCUGUGCCAGUCGUACUCGGAGAAGAAGCUCAGCUUUGUCGGCGACAAAGUUGUGGCGCUGUCUGGACUGGCUCAGGAGUUCCAAGCGAUGUUGCCGGAGGAUACGUAUGUGGCCGGGAUGUGGCGGUCACUGCUUCCCCAGAGCCUGCUCUGGAAAUCUGCAGACGCGAGUGACCGUAUUAAUUCUGAUAAGUACAUUGCUCCGUCUUGGUCAUGGCUCUCCAUCGACGGGCCGGUCUCUAGUCUCUCGUCGCGCAGUACUUCGACGUCCGUCGUCGAGGUGUUGGAAGUUGUCACGGAGCCCAUGGUCCCAUCUCAGCCUACUGCCACUCUCCGCGACGCGUAUCUCAGCCUGAGAUGCUACUUGCGACCUAUCGAGAUCAAACCCGACCACGAAGCAAAGCCGUGGCACAUGCUGGCCGUCGGCGGCGGCAAGAACCAUGUGCUUGCUGUGGGCGACGGGGGAACGGAGUUGGGUUCUUUUGACCCGAUGAGCCGCAAUGGAACAUUUGACUAUUCAUUCGACAUAAAGUCUGUGGGAGAUUCGGGGCCGGAGUCUGUAUCCGGGUACUUCCUCCCAGUUUCUAUGGACAGCUCCGAUGAAACGUCGUCGACAACUAUUAACGGACUGUUGGUGGAACCUGUGAAUGAUGACCUGACGGCCUUUAGGAGGGUGGGCACCGUGACCUGCCACGGACUUCACUGCCUUCCGAUUCUGUAUAAGUCUCGAGAUGUUGGUGGGAUUGAUCAAGAGGGUGCAGAAUCCACAGAACGAUGGAAUGAACUGCGGAGUCUACUUGGAUCAAGUUACAAGAGCGGGGAGAGUAUCAAGAAGGAGUCCCGGCUCAAGCAACCCGCGGGGGAUAGUUCCAGUGUCCUUCCCGAAGGCAGUGAUUCUCUUCGUGACUCAGACCUUGGGAAAGAGAUGGAAGGGCCACGAAAUUCUCACACGAUCUCCGAUGACGCUGACAAGCCCAAUUCAGAUGCUCCCAUAGCCGAGGUGCAGAGCGAUAAAGAUCAUAAAACUCUUCGUCCAGAUGAAAAUGUGAAUGAUGUGGGAAAGAAGAUGGAAGACUUGAGUGUUGCAGAGAAACACGAGUUGGACAAGCCCUUCACCCAGGUCGAUCUGAAAGCUUUUGAAGCAUUGGAAAGAUUAUACGCGUUGGACGGGGCAUUUAUAGGCAGCGAUCUGGAACAACAUUUUGAAAGAAUGGUCGCGAAGCAAAUCAGGCUGAUUUGA